AAAAAAACGGCAAAAAUUCAUCCCUUUCACAAAUUUCCGGCCGAUCCAAUGGAGCAAACCCCAUCGUCUCCACAGCCCACCGACCAACAACCGCCUCCGCAAAACCCUCAACCAAAGCCCGCCACCCUCACCGACGCCGCUUCCACGACACCCUCCUCCCUCCCGCCGCCCGCGGCCACCAGCUCGUUCCCAAAUCCAAACCCCAACUUCACCGCUGCCUCAAACCCCCCGGCAGCGACGCAAUCCCAGCAAUCAACUCCCACUUCACAAGCAAGGCCGACAUUUGGUACUCGCCCAUGGCAGCAGCAACCCUCCUACUCGCAUUUCUCUCUGCCUUCGCCUCCCAAUCCCGCUUCCUCUUCCUCGACACCGCCGUCGGUCUCCGCCCCGUCUCCUCCUCGCGGCGGAAUAGCCAUCGGAGUCCCUGCCCAAAUACCCUCCGCCUCUCCAUCACCUCCGGCAUCGUUUUCUUCUCUCACUCCCCCAUCUUAUGGCCAACAAUCCCAGAUAAGACAGCCGAUGCAAGGAAUGGGGAUUACUGGCACACUUGGUACAGCAUCUGCAAUGCGGCCUCUCCAUCAGUUGAGGGCUCCUGCACAACCUCAAAGACCUCAGGCUAGCUCAAGUAGCCCGUCUCUUGCUGGGCAGAAUUUCCAAGGACACGGCAUUCACAGUUCUCAAACUCAGUCCCAGACUCAACCAUGGUUAUCUUCCGGAACUCAAGGCAAACCUCCAUUGCCACCCCCUACUUUUCGGCCACAAGCGGGUCCCCAGUCAUUCCAGCCAAGGUCAAUCACCCAGCAACUUCAGAAUAACAUGUCUACCUCCUCACAGCAGCAGAUAAUCGGCUCAAACCAACAUUCACCACAACCCUCAGCCUCAGGCCAGCCACAGGACCAUUUUACCCCCCAAAUCCCGACUUCAAGGACUCAACAGUCUUUGCCUCAUCAACAACAGGUCUCAAGGGGCCCAGGAUCAGGAAUCCAAAGGCCCCCUAUUGGCUUGACCCAACCUGGCAAAACAAUGAGUGUCGACACAGACGAGUCUUCAAAGAGACUCUUGAGCAAGAGAAGCAUUCAGGAAAUUGUGAACCAGAUUGAUCCAUCUGAAAAGUUAGAUCCUGAGGUUGAAGACAUUCUUAUCGACUUUGCUGAAGAUUUUGUGGAAUCAAUAACAACAUUUGGAUGUUCAUUGGCCAAGCAUAGAAAAUCUACCACUUUGGAAGCAAAGGACAUCAUGCUACAUCUUGAAAGAAACUGGAACAUUACUCUUCCUGGGUUUGGUGGAGAUGAGAUUAAGCUGUACAAAAAACCAACAGUAACUGAGAUUCACAGAGAAAGGCUUGCUGCUAUAAAGAAGUCAAUUUUGACCACUGAAAUGGCGAGUAAAACUCCUGCUGGACCACCUGGUGCUUCUUCCAAAGGUCAUCUUGCGAAAGGACCUUCUGGUAAUAUCGGUGCCCCUUCAAAUCCAAAAAUCCGUGAAGCUACAUGAGGCACCUCAUGAGGGCAGUUAUUUUUCAGGUCGAAUUUGAGAGCAGGUGAGAGAAAGAGUGAAUAAUCUGUGAUGUCGAACCUAACAAGAAGUAUUUUAAGCAUGUGCAUGAAAUUACAAAUGAUCUAUGGAGAUGGAAAAUCUUGGUGUUGAGUGCUAGUGGGCUAUGUUUUUCCAUGUUUUCGACCGAAUACCGAAGAAAUGAAUCAUGUGUUUUCAAUGGGGUGAAUGUCCAAUUCUUAUUUGAUUUGCUACAACAUCUUUUGUGAAUCCAAAAUGCUAAAAUGGUUGGAAACACUCCAAAGGAGGCAUUAAUCGUAUGGGUGUUUUGAGUUACAAAAGGAAAAUACAGGCAUCAGGAGCCACUAGAAGCUUUUGUCGUGUUCGAGAGUUGAGAAUUUAAUUGGGUGACUACUUUUGGAAAUAACACUAUGCUCGCCUCUUUUUCCGCCGAGAUCAAGAAAAUGUAUCUUUUAUUUUGGUCUCGUUGUCUAAUUUGUUUUAGUUAUUGCACAAGCUCUUGGGUCAGUUCAUAUAUUAGAUUGUUGCAAAGGAUUUUUGCAUGCAGAUAAUCAAUCAGAAUGAAUAUUUGCUGGCUGCAACUAGGUCUUUUAGAUUUUUCUGUCUCCCUCACAGUUAUGCUAAAAUUUACACUCUGAAUUUGGCACACCAAGUUAUUACUGCCCUAGGGAAGUCUGGACUAUAUCAGGUUAAUUUUUGUAUAGGGGUCAGUUUUUCUAUGUCAAAAGACAUGUUUGUCUGAUUAUGUUUUCAUGAAAACUUGAACUUAAG